GACAGCCGACAUGAUAUCAGUCGCCAUCUUUGCUUCAAUCUUUCAAUCCCCUUACCGAUUCGCGGGCGUUUCAUCGCCGUUUUUUCAAUGUAUUGCUCAAAUAAUUCAUUAUUGUUCUUGUCGAAAGCCACGUAAAAGUUUCGGAAAUCUCGCGUAACAGUUAAGUGUAAAAAUGAGCUUCUUUGGAUUCGGCCAGACGGCGGACAUCGAAAUACAUUUCGAUGAUGCUGACAAACGAAAAGUUGCUGAAGUGAAAACCGAUGACGGCAAAAAAGAGAAGUUAUUACUUUAUUACGACGGCGAAACUGUCUCUGGUCGUGUGAACGUCACUUUAAGGAAGCCAGGAUCAAAACUAGAACAUCAAGGUAUCAAGGUCGAGCUUAUAGGUCAGAUUGAAUUAUUCUACGACAGAGGCAACCACCAUGAAUUUAUAUCGUUAGUGAAGGAAUUAGCUCGUCCUGGAGAUUUAUUACAACAUACUUCGUAUCCUUUUGAAUUUGCUAACGUCGAAAAACCUUACGAAGUGUACACAGGCGCUAAUGUCAGACUAAGGUAUUUCCUUCGAGCGACAAUCAUACGCCGUCUCACAGACAUAGUAAAAGAAGUGGAUAUUGCUGUUCACACGCUAUGCAGCUAUCCUGAUGUGCUUAACUCGAUAAAAAUGGAAGUAGGCAUAGAAGAUUGUUUGCACAUAGAAUUUGAAUAUAACAAAUCAAAGUAUCACUUGAAAGACGUAAUAGUGGGCAAAAUUUAUUUCCUUCUUGUGCGAAUCAAAAUUCGACAUAUGGAAAUCUCAAUUAUUAAAAGGGAAACAACUGGUUCUGGGCCUAACACCUUUACAGAGAAUGAGACAGUUGCUAAAUAUGAAAUCAUGGAUGGGGCCCCAGUUAGGGGUGAGAGCAUUCCUAUUAGAGUGUUUUUAGCUGGUUAUGACCUAACACCUACAAUGAGGGACAUAAACAACAAAUUCUCUGUAAGGUAUUAUUUGAAUUUGGUCCUUAUGGACACAGAGGACCGGCGUUAUUUCAAACAACAAGAAGUAACACUAUGGAGGAAGAGUGAUAAGUCGAGACUGCCAUUACAUAAUCCACACCUCCCACAGACAUUAUCACAUCCAGCUCAUUCAUCAACACCAAGACAGCUGAGUGCUUCAAGUGAAGACAAUUCUGCUAGAGGUGUAUCCCCUUUGCACCCAGAGAAUUCCAUUCAGAGGUCAAUUUCACCAUCAACUAAUGAGGAUGAGAAACGUAAUGGCCCUAGUGAAAUGGAGCAAGAAAAACCUGAUAUAAUAACAAAUAAGUUAUCAAACACUCAUAUUCAUAAUGAGGUUGAUGAUGCUACUGAGCAAUCUGUUGAGCCAAGUGAAGACAAACCUCCGAUUGCAGAAAAACCAGUGCUAGUGGAAAAACCACCAGUUUCAGAGAAGCCACAAAUUGCUGAAAAACCCAUACUAAAUCGACCAGAAACAGUGGAAGCCAAUUCAAGUCAAUAGCCGAUAUGCACAUGCUCGGUUGACUUAACAGUCGCCGACGAGAUGAACUGUAUGUUUUCUUACUUGAAGACAAUUGUUUAGAAAAAAGCAACUGAUACACAAUAUUGGACAUGUUAUUGUAGUACCACAUUUUUUUAGUUGUAUGUUGAAAACAUUUAAAAGUUAUUACCAAUGUUUCAGACAUUUAAUUGUAGAACAUUCUAUGAAAUUAAGUGUACAUUGCUAUAAGCCUCUAUAUAAUAAUGUUUAUAAAUAGAUAUAUAUUCCUUUAUUACAAGAGUAAUUGUAAUAAAGCUAAUAGUUUAUAUGUAUAAAUGAAAGCAAUCCAGUUGUGGUUGGUAUAGGAAGAUAUUAGAUAAUAAUUUGAAAAAUGAAAUGUAUAUCUACUUUAUAAUGCUUUUGGAGUUAAAUCAAUUUAUAAAGAAACAAAUUCUACCCUCAAUAAUGUGAGAAAUACUUAGCAGCUUUCACUAAAUCAAAAUAUUAAGACUGCAGUUGAUAAAUGAAAUGGCCAUAUUAUAAAAUUUUAAAAGUUCUCAAUUGUUAUUUUUUUUUUUUAUAAAUCUUUUAUCUGUAAGGUUAAAGGUACCUGUUUCAUAUCUUUUAUUACUUUUUAUCAUUCAUAAGGAAAGACAAAUUACAUAUUUAACGUUGGAAUUUGCAUAGCCACUACACAAUUCAAAAUUACUGAUUUUAAAAUCGGAAGUCAAAUUGUCUUAUUGCUCUGUUUAUAAACGAUUUAGAAUUUAAUUUAGUGAAAAACUUCAUACCUUGAUUUAUUAAUUUAUUACAUUUCAUAAUUAUUUUAUUUAAUUUUUUUACAAUUUUAUGUUAACUACAAAUAAAUCUACACAAUUUUUAAACUGAAUCAACAUCUACAAUUAAUUAUACUACAUUUAUUUAUUGUUAAUAUGCAUUGAUAAAAAACUUGUCCUAUUAUCAGUAUUUUUAUCAUAAUUGUUGUUUUUUUUUACACAAGAAAUAUAACAGUUAUUUAUAUUGUUGCAUGUUUACUCACAUUGAUUUGUAUUCGCAUAUAAAAAAAGGUCGUAUUUCAAAAUGUAAAUCUACCCUCGAAAAUAAAUACGUCUAAAGGAAGAUUCACAAAAAAAUAGUUGAAAUUGCUGUAAGAAAUUAUUUUGUUUUUUACAUAUUUUACAUUGAACCAGUUGUCUUUUAACAUUUCGACCUUUAUUAUUAAAUAAGUUUUAUUUACUUUCAUGGCCGCAUGUCCUAAAUAAAAAUAGUUUAUUAUUACAGUAGCUUUAAUGUAUAUGUCAAAAGACUAUUAAAUAUAAUAGAAGUAACAGAUCACGGGCUUUCUGAAGUAUGUGGUUUGUAGGUAGCUAUGAUAAAAUCAUUAAUUCGACUUCACUUGAAAUAAUUAGCAUUACAUGAUAAUGUGCACUCUCCAUGGCGUCAUGAUAAGGCCCCAUCACCAGCUUGUUUGAUGUGCAUUCACAUUGCAUUUUGAUACGUUUGAAAAUAAUGUAAAUUUUGUAUAGGAUUGCGUAAUUAAGAUAUUUCAAUUAUAUAAACGAUUGUUAAAAAUAAAAAUAUUGAUUCACGGUUGAAGAUCUGUUGGUUAAUACGAAGUGUGAUUAGUAUAAAAUAAAAGUAAUACACGUACUAACAAUAAUCUAUUAAGACAGUGUCCAAAAUGGUAUCAUGUGAGAUAGCUGAUAGACUGUUUGUAUGCUAAGUAGGUAGCGCACUGAGACAUUUUUAUUUAUUGUCAUAUUAAUUCUUUUUAUAUCCUUUCAUUCUUCAAGCACAUUGUGAAGAAAAUAUUUAAUGAUAUAAAAAGAACGUAACUUUAUAGUGCAAUUAUUAUGCACCUAUUGCUACUUAUGCAAAUGGUAGUACUUCCAGUUAAGUUUUAUUUCCAUAACUUUAAGUAGCUAAAUUCUGAAAAAUCAUGACUUAGAAAAGAUAAUAUCCUACAGUGCCAUCUUACAAUUACAAACCCUAUUUACAUUAAAAAUACAUCUGUCGUAUUAAAACUUGUAACUGAUGGUCUUACACUACCUAUUUACUAACUUUAUUUUCAUAUUUAAGCAUUAUUGUGAAAUGGUGAAAACAGCGAAUAAAAUGUUGCAUUGUAUAGUUGGUGCCUACAUCAAUUUAUAUCAAUUGAAAGUAUCAAGCGUACUUCGUCUCAAUUGUAACUUUUGUCGGGAUAUUAGGAAAUGAUUAUAGUCCCCAUACAUUAGUAAACACCGCUGUCUGGGUAUAGAGUGGACGUUACUGACGCCGACUGUACUGUACACUCCUAACUACAAACUUGUCAAAUUCUAUGAUUGCCUCUUUAUUAUUUAAUCUAUUAAACAAAAUACAGACACAACGAAAUAAAAGAGAAAUACGAUUUUGUUAACAAUAAAAGACAACGUCGAUACAAUUUUAAAAUGUAAAUGCAUUUUGAAAUGUGUACUGAAAAUUAAUCUUGUAAUAUUGAAUUAGGUUUCAAAAUGGCAUCUAACCGUGAUUAUACACAUGCCAAUGGCGAAAUUUCCACUGAACGUCAUCGUACUCGCGAAAACUUAGUCCACAUGUGGUUUCCCGAGUAAUAAUAUAGCAUUAGUAUGUUUUAAUCAUGAAAAUUAGUAUGAAGUCCAUGUUAUUUAAUCUUCUUUUUAUUAUUAUAUCAUCAAAUUAAUUUACUACCUUCUUGUAUAAAAAGUUAUCGUUUUUCUUAAGGGAUUAAAAACUCGUGUCUAUUAUAUCAUAUUGUUAAUAAAAUAUAUGUAUAAAUUGCUGAA